CACAGUCACGUGGCUUCAAAUACCAAAAUGGCUAAAAGAAAAAUACAUCGAUUGUAAGGGUAAACAUGUUUCUCCAGCAAACAAUGAGCGGUUUGUAAAAUGAGAUUAGCCUGCGUUCAAGUGUUCGUGAAGAUGAAAAGCGCUCCAAGUCAUGGGGUCACAAACGCUUGAGAUUUUGCGGCAAGGCGUGUGGGCUUCGCUGACAGGCGGCUGGUUCUACGAUCCGCACCAGAACAAUUUUUGUAACACUUUCCACCUUUACGUCUGGCUGCUGCUGCUAUGCCUUCCCUUCACGCUGUACCUGUGCGCACCUGUGGGAAUCUACGCGUGGGUCCUGUACUGCGUGUCAAUAGGAGGGCUCUUUGGUGCCCUCAAAAUAGCAAAUUAUGGACUGCACCAUAUGUUCGAUACCUCAGAAUGCAUCCAGGAGGUGUCAAAGAGAAACGCCAGGAGCGAGCUCAACAAGGGAAAGUCCAAGGGCCAAGGCGACAAGGAUCAAAAGGAUACAGAGGGCAUAGAGCUCACGGUAAUUGAGCCUAAACAGAGAAGUGGAACGCCACCUGCGGCCAGUAGCUCGAGGAACUCCAUCGGUGAGACUGCCCAGAUCCCAACCGAUGCCGACAGUAUUGAAAGUGGCGCAGCUGUGAUCAGUGAUGACAUCAAGCAUGGCAGUACUAUUGAUCUCAAAGUGGAUGUGCAUCGUAAAAACAGUUCGGAGAGCAGUGAAGACUUAUCUCAAAGACCUAAAGUUAAAAAUGUGGCCGUCCAGUCUGAACAACCCACGCAGGCAGAAGCUGAAAAUACGCGUCAGAAAACUAGUGAAACUGCCAAACGAACAAGAAGAGAGCCAUACGUGGCUGUUCCUAUUUUUGAGGAAGGCCGCCUGUCGGCCAGUGGUGGUGGCGCUGGAGAUGGAGGCCCUCCCGAGGAGGAGGAAAUCAGGGUACAGAACGACGAGGAGGCUGUAGCUGAGCAGACUGGACAGCAUGGAAGGAGAUACUCCAAUAUCUCCAGCAGGACCUACAAUUUGUUCAGCAUACCAUCCUCAUCGACAGCCUCAAUGCCAAUCACAAUGAAGGGAACUGGUUCCUUGGAACUGCCUGAUGGUGGUGGAGAUGUGAAAAUGUUGCCAGAUAAGGGGUUGCUUUAUUGGAAACAGCAGAACACGCGACACAGCUCUCUAGACCCUCCAUCUCCUACUAGCACAAUCGACUCGAGAACUGGUCAGAAUGGAGAAAGACCGUCGGAGUUGGCUCGUGGAUUAGAACAGUCAUCAAACCAGACGCCGUCCACUUCCUCGUUGAGAGUUCGCAGUGCCUUCACUUUGCCUGAACUGAUGGAAAUAGAUUCGCAUGGAUCAGGUAGUUACUCGAUGCUGCGUUUUCCAAUCAUUUCUGGCCCUCUCGAUAAAAUCAACGCACAACCGAGAAAAUCACUGCCAGAGCACUUCCCUAAACUCACGGAAGAUCAGAAGCCUUCUAGAGAGUCCCUGCACAAACUUCGUGAAAGAAAGGCGCCCAUCAAAAGUCAGCUGAGGCGUUCGCAGUCACCGGCAACUAGCGAUGGUGAUGUUUCUAGUAGUCCAAGUGUAGGCAGUGAUGAUGAUGAUAAUUCAGGAUUACCCAAAGCCUCGCUCUCCGUGUGGAUAGCCGAAGAGAGUCCGAGCCAGAAAAGAGAUCCUGCGUUGGAUGAACGUCCUAGUCCCCAGAGCGUACUGAACUUGAACUGGUUGUUUGAAGACGCGCCAACUGCAGAAAUCCCUCUCCCUCAGUCCAAAGAGGGCAGCGACUCUGGUAGCUCCUCCACCACCACGCUGAGUGUGAGUCAACAGGAGGCUGCUAGGUUGCUUCCAGAAUCUUACCCAAGUCCACCCAGGACCCCUAAAGGUCAGGGUGCAAUCCCCAAGAGGCACACCAGCUCCUCUCACAGGCACUUCCACCACUAUCACAACAGGAGUAACGCGCUGUCUAAUGUUCCUGGUGAAAUUGACAUCGUGUGCCCAGGUCCCGGUCCAAGUAAGAUCCUUACAUUUGUUCCUCGGAUAGCAGAAGAGCCGUCCAGAAGCUCCCCUCCACUUGACCCAACCACCGAAGGACUGGAACUUUUGUGUCCCCCUUCACACCCCCCACGAGGCUUACAAAGUAGCACCAGUAGUCACUCAAGACGCAGAACCCACGGAUGUCGCUCUGGAGUAACUUAUGGAAAUUCCGAGUUCACAUACCACCGAGGGAGCUCUCCUGGUUGUUUGCCAGUGAAUGCAUGUCUCAGCGCAUACGGUGAUUUAAGUCCUGACGAAGGAAUGCCCAGUCGAAGACGCCACAGAAGGACAAAACGGACGUCAAGAGCACACAGGCAGCUGCACGGAAUGCAGGGAGGGCUGGCCAUUCGGACAGGCACUUCACAGUCUCACCAGAGACACUUUAGGCCUACUGAAGCUGUUCUGUCCACUCCAACGCUGCGUCCACAAAUCCCUGUAUCUCUUGCUUCUGUGAUAAUUCCUCCAGGCACGUACAUAGCGUCAUCAUUUGAAGACACCUCCGAAGGAGCUACCCACUGGUUUCAGGACGAGUUGGGCAACUUAUGCACUUACACGUUUGAUGAAAAGGGAAGUGGAACUGCCACCCAGAAGCUGUUCAGAGGCAUUCUGAAGAACACUGACCAAACAUUAAUGCGCACUGACAGCCUAGGCCAGUCCAGCUACCUGAGGACGCUGGUGGAGGGUUUGGGUGCUGCUAGCAACCCGCAGAACUUAGAUCUGCUCGCCUUGGGUUCCACCCCCGGCCGCUACAGUCACAGAAACUCAACCAACAGUGUUUCCCUGGGAACCGGACCUCAGAGUUCACAAGGGGACUUGGACACAGACAGAACGAUUUCCAGGCCCAAACUCACCCUCCCUGAUGUGCAGCCUGAGAAAACAAAGCACUAUUACAACUUCAAAAUCUUGCCGUGGAAGCAGGUGAAAGUGACUUUUGACCGUUUGGCCUUGCUGGCCCUGCUUGAUCGCAACCUGACAAUCUGGGAAAGUGUGCUGUCCGUGUUUCUCGCUGUGAUGGUCGGUGUGCUUGGUGCCCUGCUCAUGAGCAAGGGAUUCCUCGAGGACGCGCUGGUGUUUGUGUUCUGCUUUGUGAUCGCCAGUUGCCAAUACUCACUGCUAAAGAGCGUGCAGCCCGACGCCGCGUCGCCCACGCACGGCCACAACCGUGUGGUCGCCUUCAGCCGCCCGGUAUACUUCUGCCUGGUGGCCGCACUGAUCCUCGUUUGUGAUGCCUUGCUGCCGCAUCUCAGCUCUGACUCGUACAAGUUCUACGGCAUGCACCUCUCGCCUGGCAGCAUCGUGCUGUACACCAGGGACUGCCUCAUGUGGUUUCUGCUCUGUUUUCCUGUCAUCUUCAGCUUUGGUCUGCUGCCGCAGAUCAACACCUUCGCCAUGUACCUGCUAGAGCAGUUCGACAUGCACACGUUUGGCGGCAACGCCACCUCUAGCCUCACGGCUGCCUUCUACUGCGUGAUCAGAAGUGUGUUGGCCGUCGCCUUCCUCUACAGCUUUGCCUACGGUGGCCUCAGCCAGCCGAAAAUGUCGCAGCACUUCCUCUUUUCCAUUUUCUGCGGCCUGCUGGUGGCCGUCUCCUAUCACCUGAGCCGCAGCGCCAGCGACCCCACGUUCAUGUGGCAUCUAAUCAAAAACAACCUGUGGCCCGAGGAAGACUGUGCUCGUCCUAAGACGGAACGCAACUCUGUGGUCAGCGAAGAUAACGAGGAACGCUCCGAAGAGCCCAUCGACCCUCUACCCGCCAAGUUGAAACGAACCAUUAUUUCAAGGCUGAGGUCAGACCUCAUAGUCUGCCCCAUCACGGCGGUCUUUGUCUUCGGAAUCCACUGCAGCACCGUUUUCACAGCGCUCAAGCCAGAAAUUAAUUACAUCAUGUGGGCCCUUGUUUCUGUGAUAGGAUUUUUGCUGCACUACAUCAUGCCGCAGCUCAGGAAGCAGCUACCCUGGUUGUGUUUUUCACACCCAAUUUUUAAGACUCAUGAAUACAAUCAAUUUGAGGUGAGAGAGGCGGCAAAGGUGAUGUGGUUUGAGAAAUUGUACGUCGUGCUGUGCUUCCUGGAGAAAAACCUUCUCUACCCUGUCCUCUUCAUUGGUGCAAUCACCGAAAGUGCACCACUGCUGUUCGAUAAAUUCGGUCUUCAUGCCAGCGCCCUGGUGGUUGCGGUGUGCGGCCUCAAGUGUCUUCGCAGCUCCUUCUCCAACACCCCGCAGCAGUAUCUGGUGCUCGUGUUCACUAUCCUAUUCUUCAAGAUCGACUAUGGCGUCAUUUCGGAAACCUUCCUGGUCGACUACUGCAUCAUGAGCAUCCUCUUCCAGAAGGUGUACGAGUGCAUGCUCAAGGUCAAGUUUGUGAUCACCUACAUCGCGCCGUGGCAGAUCACAUGGGGCUCGCCGUUCCACGCGUUCGCCCAGCCCUUCAGCGUGCCCCACUCAUCCAUGCUGUUCCUUCAAGCGUUCCUCUCGGCCGCCCUGUCGGCGCCGCUCAACCCCUUCCUGGGCAGCGCAAUCUUCCUUGCCUCUUACGUCCGGCCAGUCAAGUUCUGGGAACGCGACUACAACACCCGCAGAGUGGACCACUCCAACACGCGGCUUUCGUCCCACUUGGAGAGGAAUCUUGGUGCGGACGACAAUAACCUCAAUUCUAUCUUCUAUGAGCACUUGACCAGGUCGCUCCAGCACUCUCUUUGUGGUGAUUUACAGCUUGGUCGAUGGGGCCCUGUUUCACAAGGAGACUGCUUUGUCCUGGCUUCGGACUACCUGAACUGCUUAGUGCACGUGAUUGAAAUGGGGAAUGGACUGGUAACGUUUCAAAUGAGAGGCCUUGAGUUCAGAGGCACCUACUGCCAGCAGAGAGAGGUUGAGGCUAUUUCUGAAGGAGUGGAGGAAGAUGAUGGCUGUUGUUGCUGCGAGCCAGGACACUUUCCAAACAUGCUCAGUAUAAACGCCGCUUUCAGUCAAAGGUGGCUAGCGUGGGAAGUAACUGCUACAAAGUAUGUCCUGGAGGGGUACAGCAUCUCAGACAAUAGUGUUGUUUCUAUGCUGCAAGUCUUCGACUUCAGGAAGGUCUUGAUUAGCUACUAUGUCAAGAGCAUUAUUUAUUACGCAAUGAAAUCUUCAAGACUGGAGGAGUGGCUGAAACUGCCCUCAAUUCUGGAAAGUCUGAAAGAAAUGUCAAACAGGCACUUUGUUGAUUUGGAUCCAGUUUUCAAUAUGAACAUCGAUGAUGAUUAUGACUACGUAGCGUCAGGAAUUACCAGAAAUAGUUUUUGCAAUGUCUAUUUAAAGUGGAUUCAAUUCUGCAGCAGAAAAAGAGAAACUAAUAUUGAUACUCAUCGAGAUUCAGCAGCCGUGUCACUUUGUUUCGCACUCAGUCUGAUCGGCCGAAGAACCUUGGGUUCAGCAUCACACAACUCAGUUUCAAGUUUUGUUUUCAGUGUUGAAUUCUUCCUCUACGGUCUGCAUGCACUCUUUAAGGGCGACUUCAGAAUCACUUCUCCGCGUGAUGAAUGGAUUUUUACUGACAUGGAUUUGCUGAAAAAGGUCAUCGCACCUGGAGUCAGAAUGUCAUUAAAACUUCAUCAGGACCACUUUAUGUCUCCUGACGAGUAUGAACAUGACGAAAUGCUGUACAAUGCAAUUGCCAAUCACGAGAAAAAACUUGUCAUCUCUCAUGAAGGAGAUCCCGUUUGGAGAAAUGCGGUUCUGUCGGGAACGCCUUCUCUGCUGGCCCUUAGGCAUGCUAUGGAUGAUGGGGCCGACGAGUACAAAAUAAUCAUGCUCAACAAACGCUACCUCAGCUUCAGAGUAAUCAAAAUCAACAGAGAGUGCGUGCGGGGGCUCUGGGCUGGCCAGCAACAGGAGCUUGUUUACCUCAGGAACAGGAAUCCUGAGCGAGGCAGCAUUCAAAAUGCUAAACAGGUUCUACGCAACAUCAUCAACUCAUCUUGUGACCAACCGAUUGGCUACCCGAUUUACGUGUCGCCCUUAACGACUUCAUACUCGGAGACAAAUGAGCAAUUGGCCUCAAUCGUUGGCGGGCCGAUCAGCAUGGGUGCCAUCCGCAGGGCCGUCAUGCGCUCCUGGCGCCGCCUGCGGACUAGGUGCGGCGAAGGCUGUUCAAGCGGUGGCAUCGGGCCGCAGGACGAGGGCGGCUUUGGCCACGACGGCAUUUACACCAUGCCUAACUACGCCAUCCACGGCUGCGGCCAGCCAGCCUCAGGCAUCUCAGAGACCACAUUUGGCGGCACUCCAGUCAUAGGCAGCGUCGUGUCCAGUCGAGGGCAUGGUGGCAGUCUGGGCAGGACAUCAAUGGGCGCCAACCGCUCUAGUCUUGGCUCCACGAUCAGCAGCACGGCUGGAAAGCCGUCCAGCGCCACUUUGGCCAGUUUGGCUGGACUGAUUUCAGACACAAGUUCAUUGAAGGAGAGGGAGAGGGAGCAUGAAAUGCCAAUUAGUACUCCUUCUGUCAGCUUGACUGUACCUUCCAUAGCACAAGAGCCAGUUCUCCAGAGAGUCAGAAUUCUCGAUCCCAACGUAGUGUACGACACAAUCAACAUGGGCCGGCGCAUCGAUGUUGUGUGGCCUGACGAGCGGAUGCGUUACCGCGGUGGCCGCUCCUUCUGGCGAGACUGGCUGCCUGAGAAGGGCAUGGAGGGCCAGGUGGUGCACCGCUGGGUGCCGAACCACCGCGACAUCAGCCAGCGUUCGCAUGUCGACCGGACCAUCGUGCUGAUCCAGAUCGACGACAAGUACGUCCCGAUCGCCGAGUCAGGCGUGCAGGACCUUGGCGCCGAAGUGUGAAAUUAUUUUAAAGAAACGCUCGAUUGUGCUGGGUGCACAAACUAUCGACGCAAUGAGUAACGUUUCCACCCUCACCCGACCGGUUGGGGCGAAUGUCCACAAUGUUGCCUUACAAUGAUUAUAAUAAUUGAUAUUUACGAACUGAGGUGCAGACUGACAGGUGUAAAAUUGCAAUGACUUUGAAUGGCACAGACAAAAGAAAUAAUGUUGAAUUUCUCAAACGGGCUGUGUUUAUAGAAAAAGAUGAAUUUUAAGCUGGCGCGUGGCAGAUGCAUUGGCUAAAUCUGCAAUAAUCACACACACAGACACACAAUGCUAACCUAAAAAACGAGAUGUUGUUGAUUACUCAAGUAAACAGUCUCUGUUGGAAGAAAUUAGGGUACCAGAGGGAAAUGUAAUAUAUAAACGCCUAAUUUGAUCAAUUGCUCACACAACAGGGUUUGGAUCUUAACGAUUGUUGCACACCUAUUCUUUAUUCAUUUUGCCAGAUCUCACUGCGGGAUUUUCUCUUGGGAAAUUGCCAAAUUAUCAGAUUUUUGUUGCAUUUACUAUGUAACAAAUUGUUGAUUUGUAUGAUUCAUGUAAAUUGCGUAGAAUUUAGUCGGAGACCCUGAGUUGUUGUAAGUGGUAUUAUUCCUGUGAAUUUGCAGAUAUUCUUGGCCUUCAGACGGAUUCAUUUCGUCUUUGAUUGUUCUCAAAAUCUUAAAUGGCAAGACAUGUAAUCGAUCUAGUAGAAUAUCAGAGCCUUCGAUUUUAAAGAUAUAUAUAAAGUACAUUUUAAUAUUUUGGACACUUUCGGUUUACUUUUUGCAUCACAAAUGUACAGUUUUUUAUUGUUUUGUAUCUGAGAGAAUAUUGUUCCUCUUCUAUUAGUCGAGAUGUUGAAAGUCAAUUUUUUAACUUACAUAGUCCAGAAAAUUAGUGAAAAAACCUUACUUUGAGUCGGGAUAACUACUGCUGUUAAAUUCUAUGAGUGAGAUUAAAUUAAUUGAUUUGUGAGUUGAGAGUUGAGCGGCAAAAUUGCUAGCCGAGAUAAAUAAAGUUUUCCAAGGAAGGAAAUCGCUUGAAAAUGAUAACUAAGAUACUAUGUAUAUACCAGAAUAUCAGCAUAAAUAAUAUUUUCUGUAUCGAAAUCUAAACGUCUUAAAUAAAUUGUGUCCAAUAUGCAUCGUUUUCUUGAUCUGGCAGUAUUUGUGAAUGGGACACGUAAAUAAAUUGCAAUUUGUUAUCUGGA